AUGUCUAAUUGCAAACGAGGAUAUCCAAAAAAUACAAUUUUAAAAUUUUUUAUUGAAGUUCCUGGGUUAGAUAAAAAACCAAAAUAUUGGAAUUUAUCAGAUAAGGAAAUGCAUAUUUUAUCCUGUUUAAAUGUUUCUAGUGAGUUAAAACAGAAAUUAAUAUUAGUACCUAUAAGCGAAGAUAUUGACUCAGAUCAUGUUGAUAAUAGUAUUUCAAAAAAUACACAUAUAAGCAAAUAUUCUAAAAUUGAGAAUUCUGCUGAAAAAUGA